GAAAAUUCGAAAUGGAAGGAUCCAUUCACGGUGAUCCUAAACUAGAUUAAGGUUAGGUGCCGGGAUAGCUUGGCACUGAUGUCGCGGCGCGGGUCGCCGAUCACGCAAUUUUAGAAUUUCCCUUAUCGUUCUAAGGAUCCGUCACCGAAAGUUCUGCGCCGUCAGAGUUUGAAGAAAAUACAUCUUCGUCAGAACCUAGACGUAUCGGUGGUCGACAACGUGGUGUUGGUCGCUCUAAAUUCUUGGAUCGAUUAGAGGAAUUUAGACCAUUCGUCUUUCGUGUUCCGCGCCGUGCGUCUUCCGGAGGAGAAAGCGCUGUGAAUUAAUUACUUUCUAGGUACUAUCUACAGUAGCUACGUAGCUAGCAGGUACCUACUAUUUUGCUUUUGCUUUUGUUUUGAUAGCUCUGGAGCCGACGUGUUGAGCAACACGACGCCGUUUCUCUGUCAUGUACAGUCCCAAAAGCUUUGACGCCGACCGGCCAAUUGCGCAACCCGAGGAAGAUCCCGAUCAAGAUGACUUUCGUUCGAUUGACCCCGAAUCGGGUGUUAAGCGCGGGUUGAAGACCCGUCAUCUAAGUAUGAUGGCUCUAGCCGGAAUCAUAGGACCCGGGCUUUUAGUCGGAAGCGGAGGUGCUUUAUCCAGCGGUGGUCCGGCGUCGUUAUUGAUUGGCUUUGGUAUCAUCGGCAUAAUUGCUUUCAGUAUUAUGCAGAGUUUAGGAGAGUUGACAACUCUUUACCCGUCGGGGGGUGCCUUUACUCAACUCGCAUCCCGCAUGGUAGAUCCCGCUUUUGGCGUCGCUGUCGGCUGGAAUUACUUUAUCAUUUGGUUCGCUGUCCUUGCCAAUGAGUACAACGCCACCACCAGCAUUCUCGUCUUCUGGAGCGAUAAGGUCCCUGUUUGGGGAUAUUUUCUCAUCCUUUGGACAGCAUUUUUGCUCUUCCAGUUUUGUGGCGUUAGCACAUUUGGGGAAGCCGAAUUUUGGCUAGCUCUUCUUAAACUUGUAGGAUUGGUUGCAUUUUACAUAUUCUCUAUCGUUUAUGUAUCCGGCGGGAUUAAAGGCGCUGAUGCCAUAGGUUUCCGAUACUGGCAUGAUCCGGGCCCUUUCGUCGAAGGGUUCCGCGGCGUUGCCAAGGUCUUCGUUUUCUGUUCGACCUUCUACGCCGGCUGCGAAUCCGUCGCCGUGGCUGCUACCGAAACGAAGAACCCCCGAGUUGCUGUCCCCUUGGCUAUUCGUCAGGUAUUCUGGCGUAUCAUCUUCGUCUACAUGGGUGCAGCCUUCUUUUUCGGCCUCACUUGCCCGGCGAAUGACGACCAGCUUGUUAAUGGCAGCAGUCGUGCCUUGUUGAGUCCCAUGACAGUCGCAAUUCAAAAUGCGGGGUGGCAAGGUGGCGUGCAUCUUAUCAACGCCUUCAUAUUGAUCACCUGUAUCUCCGCCAUCAACAGCUCCAUUUAUAUCUCAUCGAGGACAAUACUAUUUAUGGCUCAGCAGAGAAUGGCCCCAUCUUUUCUUGGAUGGACCGAUAGGCGAGGAGUACCGAUCCCAGCCAUAACUUUAGCGAAUGCAUUCGGCGCUAUAUCCAUGAUGAAUAUCUCGACCGGCGCUUCUAAAGCUUAUAGUUAUAUCGUCAACUUGAGUGGCGUCUCUACUUUCCUAGUUUGGGGUUCGAUUUCACUUACCCAUAUUCGCUUCCGCCAGGCUUGGGAGGCCCAAGGAUAUCAGGUAGAAGAUCUCCCGUAUGUCUCUUUUGGAUAUCCUUGGAAUGCAUAUUUCGGUCUAGCAGCGAACACUUUCUUAGCUCUGGUCCAGGGCUGGGCUAACUUUUCACCCUGGGAUGCUGGUGGGUUUGUUGACGCGUAUAUCCUUCUGCCGUUAUUUUUCAUCAUCUAUUUUGGAUAUAAACGCGCAUUUAAGACUAGUAUAUGGGACAAACACGAUAUCGACUUACAGGCAGGGAGGCGUCGUGAUUUAGAGGAAUUGAAGGAGAUAAGAGAAGGCGAAAUAGGUGCAUCUCAACCGUUGUGGCGUCGAUUUUUGAAGAGCUUCUAGAGUACCUACUAGUCACGCACUAAAUACAUCUACUCACAUCAAU